CCUCCCGGGGGGCAAGCUAACGAAAGAAGGGCAACAACGACGCGGCUGCGACGCACGCAAAACGGCAGGAAGCAUCUCUCCCUUCCACGCAGCCCAGAGCCCCAAUAUCCCCACCUCAAAUCGGAGGAAGCGACGCCCUCGCGCACGAGCACGACCGGGCCGCACCGCCCGUCUCGCCGAGCCCAGCCGUCUAGACGCGUCGCCGCCGUCCGUCUGCCCGCUCGCGCCGUCGCACGAUCGCUAGGGUUCGGUGGCCGGCGGGGAUCGCGGGCGAUGGACUGGAGCGCGGUGACGGCGGAGGACCUGGUGGACGCGCUGCGGGAGGUGGACUGGUCCACGCCGCCGCGGCCCGUCCCGGAGUUCUUCUCCCGCUUCACCGUACCCCGCUCCUACUCCAAGUGGACCAGCCGCCUCAAGUGCAACCUCUACUACUACAGGACAAACUACUUCAUCUUGAUCAUGUUCAUCCUUGGUAUGGGAUUCCUUUGGAAACCAGUUGCUAUAAUUGCAGCUUUUAUGACUGGAAUCAGCAUUGCAUUUCUCAAUGACAGCUUUGCGGUCACUUUCAAUGAGAAAGUCACAAGGACUGUGAGACAAUUUUCACCACAUUUAGCUGCAAAGAUGAGGCCACCGAUAACCCCUGUUCUUCGUGGUCGACCAAGAUCAAAGAGAUCAAUUCAUAUUUGUGGGCGACCUCGCUGGGUGUUUGUCCUGUUUUUUUCUGCAGUUAGCUGUAUGCUCUGGUUGACCUCCUGCAGUCUCCUCGCAGUCUUGUGGUCACUUCUCAUUGCUCUGUUCGCAACUGUGCUUCAUGCAAGCUUCAGAACACCUAAUCUCAAAGCACGUCUGAAUACGUUCAGAGAGGAAUUCCGAGCUGUUUGGAGGAAUUAUAGUGAGCUUUAAGGUCUCCUAUGUUUCUCUCAUGUAAGUAACUAUACAUGUAUGUAACUGUUGCAUGACUCAUUUCCAUGACAUGCGAUGUCAUGUGUAGGUUAAUGUCGGGUCGCUAUUGGUACCUGCCUUGUUAUAUGAGUUGGAGAAAUCCUGCAUCUUCAUAGCUUGUUAAUUCCAUGUGGUAAGAAGAGGUGUCUUGUGCUGAAA